UUAUUGACUCUUGCACUGCGUCCGUGUGCUGAGAUAAACUGAGGUGAAGUUGUAGCCAUGGUUGUUUUGAAAGGAAUUCCCCAUAUUUUAUCUCCAGAAUUGCUUUAUGCUCUAGCAAAAAUGGGCCAUGGAGAUGAACUGGUUCUUGCUGAUGCAAACUUUCCUACUUCCUCUGUUUGUGCCUGUGGUCCCACUGAGAUUCGAGCUGAUGGGUUACAGGUCCCAGAGCUUUUGGCUGCCAUUUUGAAGUUAUUUCCCUUGGAUACAUACACCCACAGUCCGGCUGCCGUGAUGGAGCUUGUGGCAAGUGACAAACUGAAAGGUCUGGCUGUUCCUGUAUGGGACACCUUCACACAGCUUCUAUCUGAGGCAGGGUCACAGGCUCCUUUGGAAAUGGUGGAGAGGUUUGCCUUCUAUGAACGGGCAAAGAAAGCCUUUGCUGUUGUGGCUACGGGGGAGACGGCUCUGUAUGGUAACCUGAUACUGAAGAAGGGGGUCAUCCCUGCUGAGUUACUGCAGUGACAGACACACACACACACGCACACACUCACAUAGUAUGUCAGUAAUUCAUACAUAGAUCUACAGCUUGUAAAUAAACAUUUUUGAAUUUUGUUUCGUAAUGCUAUUCAAUUUGUAUUGCUAUAUAUAUACUGUAUAUAUAUUGUUUAGUUUUUCAGUUUUAAUUUUCGCUUGUUUGUGAAUUACAUAACUUACACAAUUACACAAGUAUUUAUUGCACAAUUUGUGCAAAUCACUUCUGUAAAUUAAGUCAUGUCAACUAAUUGCUUUAAUAAUUUAUGUUAAUUGCUUAAAUUGUUACUUCAAAAAAUUGCAGUGUUUGUAAAUCAUGUCAAUUACAUAAUUUACACUUACUGUAAAUUGUUCUGUUUACUGGGUCACUUCUAAACAAUGAAUUAGUAGUUAAGGGCAUUUGAAAAGGAAGAUUCUCUCCUUGUGUUUGUGUCUAAGGGACUUAAGUGUGCAAGUACAGUAUGUUUAGAACAGGGUUCCCGCGUGAUCUUAAAAAGUCUAAAAUUCGGAACUUUAAAUUUAAGGCCUUGAAACGUCUUAAAAAACUGAUUUUCAUCCGGUCUUAAAUUUAAUUUAGUCUUUUGCAGAAUCGCUGGCUGCAUUCAUGAAACUAUGUGAAGGUGAAGUCCCACAUCUCACAUGACCACAAUGUAACUUUUAAGUUAAAAUAAACAAUUUAAAGACUGAAUCGCGAUUCAUAUGUGAAUCGAUUUUUUCCCCCACCCCUGUACUUAGUCCUGAAUGAAAUUCAAUUAGGUUACUAUUGUGAUUGCUUUAUCUGUAAAUUAAAUGACACAUUUCUUUGA